AAUAGCGCCUAGUCAUUCUGUCAUUUUCCGCAUCGAGCCAUGACUUGGCGUCAGCUACUCCCCCGCUCCCUCUGUGCUGCCGCAGGGGCCUCGAUCGUCUUGUUCGGCGCUACAGCAGCGAAUUCUUCCUCUGCUCCAUCCAUCCAUGACAACGACCAACAUCACGGUCGUUUCCCUCGAAUGGUCAUCGCUGAUCCUGAUACCUUUACUCGCAAGAUGAAAAAGUUCGUCAAGGAUGGACCCGAGCAGCUUCUGGUGAUCGCCGACUUCGACCGCACUUUGACUCCGUACUACAAGCCGCGCAGUGACCCCCAAAAGCCUUUGGAGCGAGAAAGCAGCAGCCACGGCCUGCUCAUGACCAGCAGUGUCUUGCCACCCGAAGUGGCUGUUGCUCAUCAAAAACUUUUCGCUCGUUACUACCCCGUCGAAAUCUCUUCAAACCUUUCCGACGAGGAGAAAUUUCCUUUCAUGGCAAAAUGGUGGGACAGCGUCCACGCGUUGCUGGUCGAGUACAAGCUCUCCAAGGAUCAAGUGAAGGCGGCCGUGGCGUCAGGCUCCCUGAGUUUCCGCCACGGGUUCCACCCGCUCUUCAAACUCCUACACGACCAACAAGUGCCAACGCUCGUGUUCUCCGCCGGCCUCUACGAUGUGAUCCACGCAGCAUUGGAAAAAGAAUUUGCAGCGGAACAAAAGCGCACAGAUAAAAUCGCAGCCGAGGAUAUUCCCGAUGAACAAAAGUUCACACCCAGCAACGUACACGUCGUGUCCAACAUGAUGCAUUUCGACGCUCAAGGCCGCAUCGAACGCUUUGACGGACGAGUCAUCCAUCCGUUUACUAAGACGGCGCAUGUGUUGCUAAACUCGCCCUUCUGGACGGAAUGUCAGCUUGACAAACGCCGCAAUGUGCUUCUGCUCGGAGACUCGCGGGGAGACGUACGCAUGGCCGAUGGCUUGGAUGCCGACGAGAUUAUUCGUGUUGGCUUCCUCAAUCUGAAGGUGGACGAAGCAUUGGAGGAGUACCUUGAUCUCUAUGACGUGGUGUUCACCAACGAUGCGAGUCUCGUCCCCGUGCAGAUGCUGAUAGAGCAGAUAAUAGCGUCCUCCAAGAAGGAAUAGAGCGAUGCCAACGUAAAAAUAGGAGAUCGGAUAUGGUGGUUGUGUCCUAUUUUGGCGAUCCGUA